ACAUUGUAUGAGUGUGUGUUGUCUGUAUCUCAGGCAACUGGUCAGAGGGCUAGCAAUAGAGUGGGUGUAGAAUGUUGCUAGGCAAUAUAGCCACAAGUAUGUGUGUACCAUUAUGGUCUAACCAUAAUCAAUACUUUGAUCCUAUGAAUAUUGUUGUGCAUGCAUCACCUGACCUGUCACUGUGCAUGAGAGCUGUGAGUCUAUAGCUGCUUUUGCCAAGCUUUAAGCUUUCUUUCUACUACUAAACACUUUUAUAAAGUUUUGUGUCAAUGGCUGAGAGGCCGAGUGCUGCUCAAGAAGCUCUCUCCAAAGUGGAGGACCAGCUGUCAUGCCUAGUCUGUCUGGAGCCCUACACCAACCCUCGACUGCUUUCCUGUUUCCACGUCUACUGUCAACAUUGUCUCGAUGAUAUAGUUGCCCACAAUCGACAAGGCCAGCUGGAAUGCCCCAAGUGUCGCCGGCCCACCCCCCUACCCCCCAUUGGUGUGAGUGGCCUCCAGGCUGCCUUCAAUGUACACCAUCUCUUUGACAUCCAGGAAACACUCAAGAAGGUGAAAGAGCCUCAGAAAUUGGCCUGUGAGAAAUGUUCUGUUACCAAUCGUAAAGCCACCAGCUUUUGCCGACAAUGCACUAAGUUCAUCUGCGAGAAGUGUACCGAUAUGCACAAAGAAUGGGACGAGCUCAAAGAUCACGAACUUGUUAGUAUCGAAAAAGUUGAGGGGGAUUUGAUUCGUCUUGUUUCUUCGAAUAAGGUGACCCCUCGCUGCCCUAAACACAACAAAAGCCUCAAGCUGUACUGUGAACCUUGUGGAGAACUGAUCUGUACCCACUGCAUUGUACAAAUACACAAAGACCACAAGUACUGUGUGAUUGCCGACACCUUUGAAAGCCACAAGAAAGAGAUCCUGGACUCCCUGGGACCCGUUAAGAAACAGCUAGAGGCCACCAACACAGCUCUCGUCAAUCUAGAUGGACGACAUGCCGAAAUUGUUGAACAAGGAGGAAAAAUUGCGACCAAUAUCCACUCGAAAUUCGAUGAAAUCCAUCAAGCUCUGUAUGCUCGUGAGGGGGAGCUUAUGGCCGAGUUGGAAGGCCACACACAACAACAGCUCAAGAGCCUCUCUGCUCAGCGAGAGGAGGUGGAGAUCCUCCAAACCCAACGUAACAGCUGCCUGCAUUUCGUGAGAGAGAGCAUUCGUACCGGGUCUUCAGGAGACGUGCUCAAGAUGAAGCAAGGUGUGGUGAAGCAAGUGAGAGAGCUGGUGGACACCUUUGACCCCAACACCCUAGAGCCUCGUGAGACAACCAACACCUGUUUUGCAUACUCUACUCAAAUUGUUGAAGCUUGUCAGGAUUCAGUUCACAUCUGUACUAGUAAAGAAGUGACUAACUAUUGUGCAUUGAAAGUGGUGCCCUCAAGACGAAUGAAGACAACCCAACCUCUUCCUGUUGCCAUUCUGAAUGCAAUAGAUUCCAAACAACGAAUUGUUGGCUUGGAUUUGUUGAACAUUGAAGCCAAACUUGUCUCUAAGCUGACGAACGAAACCACAAAAUGUGUUGUGAAAGAACGAGGGAAGGGAGAGUACGAGAUCUCCUACCAGCCGACAGUGGGCGGGGCCAGCGAGCUGAUCGUGAGAGUGGGUGGAGAGGAGGUGGCAGGAUGUCCAUUCCCUGUGUCAGUCAAGACUCCGAUCGAUAAACUAGGAACUGUUAUCAAAACUAUCAAUGAUCUCAAUAAACCUUGUGGAGUGGCACUCAACCAAGCUGGGGAGAUAAUUGUGGCUGAAGCCGAUGCUGGUAUUAUUUCGAUGUGUAGCCCCACAGGACACAAGCUGCGAACAUUAGACACUCGAGUCACAGCUGUUGGGAAAUGUGUGGGAGUGGACCGUGAUGACAACAUUCUGGUGGUGGAUAGUGGUAAUUAUCGACUGUUGAAGUUCUCACGUAGAGGAGACCUGAUAGCAGCAGUUGGUAGUCAUGGCGAUGGUCCUGGACAGUUUAACUAUCUGAUUAGUGUUUAUGUCAACAGUAUCAAUGGGAAGGUGUAUGUGGCUGAUUUUGGUUCUAACUGUGUACACAUCUUAAACUCUGACCUCACCUUCUCCAGCAAGUUCGGCAGUGAAGGCAGUGGUAAUGGACAGUUUUGCUCUCCCUGGGUCAUUGCAUCCGAUCGUAGUGAUUGUGUGUAUGUGGUUGAUUAUUCGAAUUGUCGAGUGCAAGUCUUCACACCCGAUGGUGGCUAUCUGAGGCAGUUUGGGAAGACAGGCAGUGGAAAUGGAGAACUUAGCUUCCCUGCCAGCAUCUGUGUGGACAGUGAUGAUCUGGUGUAUGUGGGGGAGAAUGGGAACAAUCGUGUCUCAGUGCUCACAUGUGAGGGAGUGUUUCUCAAGUCGUUUGGAUCAGAGGGAUCUGGACCAGGACAGUUCAACAAGCCUUAUGGCAUAGCAGUAGACCAGUGUGGUGUGGUGUAUGUGUGUGAUCAUGGUAACAAUAGAGUGCAAAUAUUUUCGUAAAUUUUGUUGUGAGUUAUUUUACGUAACGUUGCUAAUGAAUAUUGAAAAUUGAAAUUAGUGAAUCUUUGCCCGUGCUGUCCCUGUGUACGUGUGUACUUAGUCUCUCCUGUUAUAGUCGUAUACCUUUAGUAUCGUACCUCACCCCACCCCCCCUCCGCUGCAGGGUCUCCAUGGUGACAUGGUGCUGGUGGUGGGCGUCAACACUGGUACGGCCAAAGUCAAGGUCCGUCUGAGGGACAGGGGGUGGAGCCUGAUAUCAUCAAGCUACUAAUUGAGAACAUGAUGCUACAACCCUCCAUGGAUGAGUGCAUGGAUCUGCCACUGUCCUUUGUUAAGUAUCUGGUGGAGAGAUGGGAGGUCAGACGUCAUCACCAUGACAUCGGAAGUAUACGACAGUAGGGAGACUCCACCCACAUAGGUCAAAGGUCACUGGACUGGAACUUCAAUGGUCGUUUUGAUUGUCCAAUCAGAAUGCUCUACCCACCCCCCAGACCUCCUCACUACAACACAAGGACUCAGAUAGCAACGCUAGUGUGUGUGAGACUGCAUGGGAGGUGUGUCUGGUGCAGCUGUUCUCACGACCUCCUCCAACCAGUACCUGCCCUCCGUACUCUCCAGGGAGAACCUAUCUCAUCAGCCUAGUGCAUGGACAAAGAUGAUGUGUACAGUUUUAGAGUGCUUGCUUUGUGAAGUGGUGAAUGCCAGAUUUCCUGAAGCUGCUGUAUUUCUUGUUCUGCUAUCGAGUAUGGAAGGUGUAUGGCGGGAGCUCAUCACACCCUGUGUCUCUCACUCCCCUCAGGACAGACCCUCCAUGGACACUGUGCUACACCACAUCAAACAAUUGGACUCUGAGUCUUAGCAUUGGUGCAUGAGCGUGUUAUUAUUAAUUUGUGUAAAGUAUGUUAUUUUGCAAACAAAGUGGGGGAGGGGCUGAUCGAUAGCUACAAACUACAUUUACAUGAACUAACUAUCUCUCCUAUACUCAAGAUGAAGGCAGCCACACGGUCCUCAUACUCGUCUGCUCUCUUCAUAUAAAGCCAGCUCACUGGGGAAGCUGAACGUACCGUGGUUUGACUUCCCUAUAAUAUGUCCCCUCCAACAUUUUAGUCAUUGACAAGGUCAACUUAAUUCACUCUGAGCUCCCCUCAAGGGGUUGUUUCUCUUGGUCAGUGUAUACCUACUGUGUGUGUGUAGGGGAGGGGGGAUACUGGUGC